UUUCUUUCUUGUCACACACCCGUUGCCUCUUACCCUUUUCAGUUUCAAAGAGAAACAAACAACCACCCCAACUUCGCAGGGUUCGUCUUAACAACGCAUAUUGAUCAAAGAAAGAUCCAAGCAUGGGAGACAACAAAGUCGUGGACUUUUUCUCCCACAAGUUCCCAACCACCGCUCAGGUAGUGGAAGAACUGAAGGAGCUGUGGGGCAUGGCGUUGCCAAUCACAGCCAUGAACUUAUUAGUGUUCGUUCGUGCCGUUGUUUCGGUUCUCUUCCUCGGAAGACUGGGCCCAUUGGAGCUAGCAGGUGGAGCACUGUCCAUAGGCUUUACCAACAUAACAGGGUACUCUGUUCUGGUGGGCCUAGCAGCGGGCCUAGAGCCGGUGUGCUCGCAGGCCUACGGCAGCAAGAACUGGGAGCUUCUGUCUCUUUCUCUGCAGCGCAUGGUGGUGAUUCUCCUGAUGGCAAUAGUCCCCAUAAGCCUUCUGUGGCUGAACCUGGAAGGGAUCAUGGUUUUCAUGGGGCAAGACAUAAGAAUCACAAAAAUGGCAGCGCUAUACUGUUUCUACUCUCUGCCAGACCUUUUAACAAACACGUUGUUGCAGCCACUGAGAGUGUUCUUGAGGUCGCAGAAGGUGACGAAGCCAAUGAUGUACUGCUCGCUGGUGGCGGUGGUGUUCCACGUGCCGCUGAACUACGUGCUGGUGGUGGUGGUGGGGCUGGGGGUGCCGGGGGUGGCGAUGGCGUCGGUGGUGACGAACCUGAACAUGGUGGUGCUGAUGGCGGUGUACGUGAUAGUGUGGAGAAAGAAGGAGAUGGUGAUGAAGUGGGGAGGGAUGAAGAAGAUUCGAGGGCCUGGAGAGAUGUGGGAGUUGAUGAGAAUGGCGGUGCCGAGUUGCUUGAUGAUAUGUUUGGAGUGGUGGUGGUAUGAGAUUGUGACAGUGAUGGCUGGCUAUUUGGAGAAUCCAACAGUUGCAGUGGCUGCCACUGGGAUUCUCAUUCAGACUACUAGCAUGAUGUACACUCUCCCUAUGGCCCUUGCUGGCUGUGUUUCUGCCAGGGUUGGGAAUGAGCUUGGAGCAGGCAGACCAUACAAAGCAAAGCUAGCAGCCAUUGUUGCCCUAGGAUGUGCCUUUCUCAUUGGCUUCAUCAAUGUCACAUGGACUGUCAUCCUUAAACAAAGGUGGGCCGGGCUUUUCACAACCGACGAGGCGGUUAAAGCCCUGGUUGCGUCGGUCAUGCCAAUUAUGGGCUUGUGCGAGCUGGGUAAUUGCCCACAGACCACGGGCUGUGGCAUAUUGCGUGGCACAGCCCGUCCGGUCAUAGGGGCCCAUGUCAAUUUGGGAUCCUUCUACAUUGUGGGAACCCCUGUGGCUGUGAGCCUGGCAUUUUGGUUUAAGAUUGGGUUUAGUGGGCUUUGGUUUGGGCUUCUGUCGGCCCAAGCGGCGUGUGCCGUGUCAAUCCUGUAUGUUGUGAUUGCAAAGACGGAUUGGGAAGCUGAAGCCCUCAAGGCUGAGAAGCUCACAAGGGUGGUGGAGAUUGGUCCAUGCAAUAAUAAUAGUAGCAAUAGGAAUGAGAAUUACAAUGAAGAUUUUGAGAGAGAGAAUGAAGAAAGCAUGAGGUUGUUGGUGAUUGGGAAUGGGAACAAAGAUGACAUUUGUUGAAAAGAUACCAAUUAUGAGGGAUUGAGAUUCUGUGUUUUUUUUUUCUUUUUUGUUGUCCCUAGUAGAUUGGAGUUGGGGGGGCUUGUGAGUGGUGCCUGUAAUUGUGGCUAGCACAGCUAUGGUGGUCAUCAUUCAUGCCUUUGCUUUCUUAUCAUUUUGAGGAUAGGGGCUUUAUCUAUGCUUUUCUUUUUUUCCCUUCUGCCUUGCCCCAAUUCUUCUCUUUACUUUUCAUCUUUUAGAAAGGGUAUUUGCUAGGGUAGGAACUCUCACUUUCUGAUGUAACAACUGUUAAUAUAUUUAACAACUUUAAAACUCUCUUA